AUGCUAAAACUCAAUCUAAAGCGCUCACACAUUAUUCAAAUAGUUGCAGUCAGCAUUGUCCUGUUGUUUUUGGUGAUAUUUGUUCCAGUUUCUACCAUCCUGAAUAAUAACGAGGCCAACAAAAAGCUUCAACAAGUAGCUACCGUCAAUGGCGAUCCAUUCUCGAUUCUUUCUAAUGGAACUCCCUUUGAUGGCAUACUUAUUAUGGGCAACGUCACCAAUGUCGAUGUUGCUGGAUUCAAUUUCAAAGUGCACUUCAACGCUUAUCCCUGGGGUACAUACAGUCUACAAGACAAUUCCACCAACUAUGCUUACAACCGACUUGCUAGUGAUGUUUUACUGAUUGUCGGUGGAAAGCAAACUGCCAUGAAGCAAGGGUCUAUUAUUCCAUCAUUUGAUAUAGCUAUUCCUAUCGAUGUAGGCCAGCCCAACUUGUAUCCAUUUGACAAGUACAAGACAUACUUUGAUAUCGCUUCGUAUCGGAACAGUUUUUUCAAUCAAAGCGUUCCUCUAGUAGCUGGUAUUGUCGGAGCUGUUCAGUCGUGGACCGUUGCACUUGAAAUUGCAAAUGCUGGUGGAACUAGCGGCAUUAUUAUUGUAGAUACAUUCAUUGAGCGAUCUUGGACCACAAAGUUCUUUUCCAUGAUUGUAGUGAUCAUCAUGUGGGCUCUAUCGCUAUCUGCCUUUACUUUAACCAUUACACUUUGGCUACGAGAUCGUAAAGUUGAGCCACCUACAAUCUCCAUUACAGCAUCACUCCUUUUUGCCUUGCCUGCUCUGCGAAAUUCUCAACCAGGCGCACCUGUGAUUGGAAGCUCUGUUGAUGUUGCCGGGUUUAUGUGGAAUAUGGUUCUUGUCGCUGUGUCUUGUCUACUGCUAAUUAUCAAUUACAUUACGAAAUACAAGCGUGACAAGGUCAGAUCAGACCCUCCUAUCAACGGAUCUUCGAAUACAACCCUCGCUUCCGAACCCCAUUCUACUGUUGUAAAAGUCACUGGUAUGCAACCAACCUAUUCUCCACAAGAGCAUGGGUUUUCUCCACAUCGUAAUGGUCAGAGCCAAGCCAUGAGCAAUACCCAAAAUACUCUAUACGAUUCCCGGUCCUAA